UGCCGUAGUCGUGGAAAGUAUGGCGUCAAACAGAGGCGGAACUAUUUAUGUUUUUCUAGGCAUAAUAGUUACAGCCAGGGGAUAAGACAAGAAAAGAAAACAGUAACGCAUAAUUCAAGGCACAUUUUAGCUCCCAUUUUAACGUCAAAUGAUGUAUAUACGUAAAUUUGUGGCCGCGUCUUUAGCCGCGUUUUCAGUGUAUAUAGUUUACUUUCACAUUUAUCGAUCUCACAGGUUACUGAGAACAAAAGUUCUCUGCAGCGACACACUCCCGAGUCUGAUUUAUCUCUACACAAAGUUCUUCAGCAGAGCAAUGAGCAGCAGAAAAGGCUGUCUAAGAAAAACUGCACCGCCGAAUGUGAAGGUUGAAGCUGAAUACACGGUGACCAGCUGCAGAUUAGAUUCAGUCUCACUGAGGAGGUUCUGCAGUGCAGCUGGUUAUGGCUGGGAUUAUCCAGACACUGAAUACAGGGACAUCCCACUGUGUUUCCCAGAGUUCCUUUGUGGUCGACUAAUGCUGAUGGUGCUCACUGAUGAUAGCUUCAGACUGAACCCUGCAGGUCUGGUUCGCAUAAGUCAGAGUUUGAAAACCUUUCAGCCGAUUGAUGAAUUGAAAAAAAGUAGAUUCUCACUGCGGGCUCAAGUGCUUUUGUACAGACAAACUGAUGCAGGAGUGGAGGUGGACAUCUGUUUGUCUGCAAUGUCUCGGUCAGGAAGCCCAGUGUGGGAGAGUGUCCUGACACUGCUGUCAAACAAACAGCAACGAGGAGGCGACAGAGGAUCGACACAGAGGGAUCGUGAAAAUCGACCCAAUGAGCCUGACCCUGAGAACAUGAAGGAGGUUCAACUCCGGGUUCCCUGGAGAACCGGCCUGCUAUGCUGGUGGUCUUUCUUUGACCACUCCCUCUAUCGGCUCCUCUCUCUCCCAGUCAAACUCCUGGGCUUCAGAUCACAGACGGCACCAGGUCUGUGGAUGCUGUCCACGUGCCUUGCUGAAAUAGAAAAACACAAAGGGGUCGAGGCUGUGACUGCACCGGCUAAGGUCACUGCCCAGUUCAAGGAACCUCUGUUGAUCCCAGGCGAUGUCGUAAUUAGGAUUUGGGAGAUGGAUAGAGAGAGUGAUAAGAGUAUUUAUCAGGAUUUUGGUUUUCAGAUGCAGCAACACAGAGGCAGCAUCACUCACAUGGUUGGAAUGAUUCAUAGGGGUUGAUUACUGAGUGGUUUUGAUGUGUGUGUACUGUCAAGGCACAACAAAUUUGUCUUAGUGUGACUUUAAUUGAUAGAACUUGGUUUGGUUUCUGUUCGAGUCGUGCUUUUAAUAAACAGUUGAAACAAA